GUUUCGAAGUUGGUUUGUUUUGUUUAUUUAAUAUGGAUUUAUAAACUUAAUUAAAAAAUUAAAAUGAAAGAUCCUAAACAGAUACAAACUCCUAUAGAGGAUUUAGCAGAACUGCGGAGUUAUUUUGCCUCCCAUAAUGUUGUUAGAGAAUAUAUAGCGCAUACAUCGAAAGUUCAUUCCGUUGGUUGGUCGUGUGAUGGAAGAAGACUUGCUUCCGGGUCCUUUGAUAAAAGCGUAGCGAUAUUUAAUUUGGAAAAAAGCAAAUUGGUCCAGGACUUUGUAUUCAAAGGGCACACAGGAUCUGUAGACCAGCUGUGUUGGCACGCCUCGCAUGCGGACCUCCUCAGCACAGCCAGUGGUGACAAAUCUGUUAGGAUAUGGGAUACCAGAUCACAUAAAUGUGCAGCCAGCAUAUCAACAAAGGGUGAGAAUAUAAACAUAGCGUGGUCACCCAAUGGUAGCACUAUAGCUGUUGGUAAUAAGGAGGACCUUGUUUCAUUUAUAGAUACCCGUACAUACAAGGUGGUGACUGAAGAGCAAUUUAACUUUGAAGUGAAUGAAAUCUCUUGGAACAAUGACUCUGAUCUCUUCUAUCUGACGAACGGACUUGGCUGUGUUCACAUUAUGACAUAUCCAGGUCUCCAACUGCAGACAGUGCUGAAAGCUCACCCGGGCACUUGUAUCUGUAUAGAGCAUGACCCCACAGGCCGGUACUUUGCCACGGGCUCUGCUGAUGCUCUCGUGUCACUCUGGCAUGUGCAUGAACUCGCCUGUCUGAGGGUCUUCUCUAGGUUAGAAUGGCCGGUGCGCACAUUGUCAUUCAGUUUUGAUGGUCGUCUGCUGGCCUCCGCUAGUGAGGACCAUGUUAUUGACAUUGGUGACACGGAGACAGGUGAGAAGGUAGCAGAGAUCCCGGUGCAAGCGGCCACAUUCACAGUGGCUUGGCAUCCCAGCCGUUACCUGGUGGCCUUUGCCUGUGAGGACAAGGAGCCACCGGAACGCAAGCGGGAUGCAGGGAACCUCAAAUUAUGGGGACUGCCUAACAACUAGCUGAUAUAGUUAUGUGCAAACUUUAUAACGGCUUGGAAUAUCACACCGGAGGUAAAGAAGACAUGGAAAUAAUUUCGGAUAAAUGAGUUCAGAAUAAGUAAUAAAAAUUUUCGAAUGGAGUCUAAAAGAAAAUGUGUCAUAAUGUAUAGAAAAUUAUCAAACAUCGCUGACACUCACAAAAUUGGCAAAAGCUUUGGCACAGAAAAUGCCAUAAAAAAUACUAGACAACUACAGUAUAAGGAUUUUAUGACACUUUGACAAUGACAGUCAAUCUUAUGAGCUCUCAUA